AUGAUGCUCGGAGGCGCACCCAAGUGUGAAGGAUGCAGCAAGACGGCGUAUCAUGCUGAGCAGGUCAUGGGUCCUGGUCGCAAGAUAUAUCAUAAAUUGUGUUUGAAGUGUCUGAAUUGUGGAAAGAGGUUGGACCCUGGAGGAUUAGUGGAGCAUGAUUCUCAGCCGUAUUGCUCUCGAUGCCAUGUCGUCCUAUUCGGUACAAGAGAUCUUCGCCAUGCCAACCACCUCCCCUCCGUACCCAACACCCCUCCCAAACCUCCUCCCACCGAGACCUCAACCCCAUCAUACCACCGCCCCGCCGGCUCCCUCUCUUCCGCCCGCCCCCUCCCUCCUCCCACAACAGACUUUUACGUCCCCCCCACCGCCCAAUCGCUUCCGCCAGAAUCAGCCACCCCCACAGACCCUUCAACGCCGAUCACCAGACCAAACUUUAGAGAUCAAAGGCCGAUAAGUAUACCUUAUGCGGGAGGGGCGAGGGCGCUGGAUGAUAGGGGGUUGCUGAAGAAGGGCUCGAGCCCGAGGACGAAAGUUGGUAUCAGCGUUGCUGGGGAUGAUCUUUGUGGGGGGUGUGAGAAGAGGGUUUAUGCUGCUGAGCAGGUGAUUUCGGUGGGCCACAAGUGGCAUAGGUGGUGUUUGAAAUGUAACAAGUGUAAUACGACACUAGCCCCGGCAAAGGUGUCGGAUAGAGAUGGUACGCCGCACUGCAAGAACUGCUAUGCUAAAGUGAGAGUCACCGAUGCCUAA